AUAAAGAAUGUGGUGGGGGGAGGUCCGUCACAGUAUAUUAUCUGGGUGAGCACUCUCAGCGGAGGCCAGAUAUUUAAUGGGCCCUAGACGGUAAAUCCUUUUCUCAACAUCAGAACUUGCCCCUCUAGGGUAGUACUGAGGCAUGAUGAAGGGUGGAUAAGAUAGGAAGGGCAAUGUGGGAGAAUCUUCAACUGUUGCUUGAGUCUUCUGUGCUCUGCUGGCAGAAGAUGUCUUGUUUAAGGGUUGUCCGUCGGGCACCUUCACUAACAUUAAAGUCGUUCACAUUUAGUUUGCUGCUGGAAGCUGAUUUGCUAAGUAGAGGAUUUUAUUUCUCAGACUCUGAACUAGUGUAGGAGGCUGACCUCCCCUCUGCAAACACAGUCUAUGGUCUUGAUUGCCUUUAUGAAUUAUUGAAACUGCUGUGGCUUCACUAAUUUCUCCCCCCCCCUCCACACACACACGUUAAGCAGCACCCUUUAAAAAGCUAUUGAAAAAGCAACAGAAUUCACACUAUUUUUUCAUGCUUCGUAACAACUAAAAUUAAUCAAAUAUUUGUAAAAAGUUACCUGGGCUAUCAGUUUAAAUUGCUCUGAGCGUUCAAAUGAAUUCAUAAGUGGAAGCAGUAGGAUUUAAGUAGUAAUAAGUGAAAGUAGGCAGAGCAAAGUAGGUUACAAAUGAAAAGAAACAAAACCGCUUGGCUAAUUCUCCACUGAAACCUCAGUGCAAACUUGAAUUCCGUGGGAAAAAGAAAGUCUGCCUUCUCUGGUACGUGGUAAUGAAUGAGACAGAGAAUAAACUGGGAUUUUUUAAAUUUUUUAAAUACAGUUUGCUAUCAUCAAGCCAUGCUGAAAAAGGAGAGAAGCUAUAAAGACUAUGGUCAAAUACUUGAGAAUUUCUACAAUGUCACUGAAGUUGGUGCAAAGUGAAAUGAUGAUGAUUAUUUAGCUCCAUUCUAGGAAUAUGUGAUUCUCAAUACUCUUGGCUGCAGAUGGCCAGCCUUGGAAGAAAUAGAACUUUGUGAGGCCUCCUUUGGUUAGGUAGGUAGGUGUGUGUGUGGGGGGAGUGUGUGUGUUGUGGUGGACUAGCUUUAACGGUCUUCUGGCUCUUUAAGAAGAUCUCUACACCAUGAUAUCUGUUAAAUGAAGCUAAAUGACAGUGUGGUUUAAAUAGUGAACACGGAACUCGUAAGGGGAGAAGCUUGUACUUUCCAGACAGCUCAUAGGUGACAAUACAGGUUUCUAAUGCACUCUCUCUGCUGUGAGAGGAAAGGGGUGCCGAAAAUUGUCCAAGAUUUCAAUCUGAUGGCCAUCCAGAAAAUGAGAACAAUCAGGGGUUCGCUGAUUGAGUGUGGAAGAGGCAGCCUUAUUGUGGCUCUCCUGCUGACAGCAUUGGGAAUAAAAGAUAUAGGAUGUGACACACUUGAAAUCAUUUACCCAUCAAACAGCGUUACCCUUAAAGAAGGUGAUUCCCUGACCUUGAAUUGCACAGUGAGGUACCAAUUGAACCAGUCUUCAGAUCCGAAUGUCUAUUGGUGUAAGCAUGUAGACAAUCAGAACGACUGUGCUAAGGUUGGCAGAGAGCUGGAACACUUCCCAUCAACAGAGCACUCCAAUCCCCAAGCAAGGGUCAUCUUGUCUCUGCAGCUUCAUAAUGUAAGUCAGUCACACAGCGGUGGUUACCAGUGCAGAGCAAGUGGGAGAGACAAGUCUGCAGUGGGUCACUAUAUCAGAGUGAAAGUAAUUGCAGAAGAAUUAAACCAUGUGAGUUCUUUGAACGCAACAGGGAAUCCAGAGGCUGUGUCUGAAGGCAACAAAGUUCUGAGGAUGGAUUCUUGGCUGGAAAAGAUACGGACACUCAUCAUGAUACUCUGGAUGAUUCUUCCUUAAAAGGACACGUGUGAUGAAGAUGUGGUUUCUGAUGCUUGGGAAGAGUCCACUAAACAGCAAAGUAACAGUUAAUAGACUAAACUUCUAUAAAGUUGUAAUAGCAAAUUCAGUGUAUCAACUACAGAGCCAGUUGUAUUUCAUCAUUUCUUGGAACACUGCUUCUGAAGGAUUUUCAGGGGCUUAAUGUCUGAGCACCUGGAUACUAGCUUUGCAGGAUUAUUUACUGCACUAGUGGUUAACCUGUCAACACUCCACAUCAGCCAGAGGGAUUCACAUAGUCAUCAGCAUCGCAAGUGAAAUUCUGUAGUCUGUGAUGCCAGUCUUGUGUGUUUUGUUUUCACUCUUUCAGAGAAUGGAUGUCUCCGUGUUUACAUUUAAAGGGCAGGAAGAGAUUUCUUUCCAUCUCUUCUUUCUGGACCAACCCAAAGAGAUCUUCUAAGCCUCGUUGCCUCAACAUGCCACUCUCUCUCUCUUUAAAGAGAGAUUCUACAGUGCUUCUAGCCUGCCGCCAUUUUCUGAUCUGCAUUGUCUUUUGACGUGUUCUGUCCUACCACCUUCUCUUUCUGGGUUGCUCUGAAGGUGCUGGAAGCUCUUCUUUAAUCCCAAGCAAACUGGGGUUAGAAUUCUGUAAAGAGGGUUUUGCAGGUUUUGUAGCAUUAGGAUAGAUUCCCACUGGAUUUAUACUAUGGGUCUGUUUGGGGGGGAAGGGGAGUGGAAAGAAACCCUCUAGGGAUUUAGCUCCUAGAUGUUAGCUUGUAUGUGUGUGAGGAGAGAGAGCAAUGGAAGUCUUUAAAAAAAAUCAGUUACAACAGCUUCUUUGGGGAGAACUUGAACAUCCUCUCUGAGUAUGUGGUGGGCUCCUCAGAGCAGGAUUAACACCUUCUCUAUUUGCAAAAUUAGCACACCAUGGGACCUACCGGAAAUAACGAAGUACUAACUGUAAAUCUAAGCACAGUAGCAUUGGACUAGUGCAUGAGAACUGGAAAAUGAAAAUGACCAAAGAUUAAAAGACUAAAAGUUAAAGUAACUUUUCUAUGGAGAUUAUAAAUGUGCAAAUGAUUUUUUUAAAUUCUUCCAAUUAAUUAAUUAUAGGAUUUUAAAUACAGUAUUUUAUCUUGACUGUAUGCUUUUAAAAAUAUGUUUGCAAAUAUAAUUGUAUAUAUCUGCUUGUAAGGGGUUAGGGAACUCUUUUUAGAAAGAGCUUGCUAUCAAAUCUAUGUGCGAUGGUGCUGUGUUCAUAUCUGUUGGCACAGUUUUGAGCAUGAAGCCUCUUGGUAUCAUUUUGUUUCAAAGUCCAUGAGGAGCUGCCCUGAAGCUGCUGUUUGAUCACCAUUUCUAACCUGUGCCAUGUUGUAAUAGUUGUGCGGGCUAUGUGGAAUGUAAAGGCAGAGAAUUAUCCUAUAAAUGAAUAAAAUACAUAAGUCAU